UUGGUGUUAGUCGGGAUGAUCAAUGACGUUCCAUCAUUCACUAUGACAGCAAGCAGCCGGAGAGCAGAGCCCACACAGGACUGGAUAAAAAAAGCCACAGAGUACGAUCCACAGUACUGGGCCACAGAGAUUCAAGGGGUUCAAAACACCCAGCAAACGUUCAGAGACGAUAUUGAAAUGCGAAGGCAGCGCUUCAGCCAAACUGGAGGUGUCCACGUUGUCCUGUUUUAUGGCUGUGAGUGGGAUGAUGAGUACGAAGAUAUUAGAGGAUUUCUUCAGUAUGGCUAUGAUGGAGAAGAUUUCAUAGUAUUUGAUCUGAAGACACAAACAUGGAUCGCUCCAAAAGAACAGGCUGUCAGAACCAAACUGAAGUGGGAUCAUGAUGAUGAUUUAAAUAUGCAAAAAAAAUAUUUAACUGAGGUCUGUGUUGGCUGGCUGAAGAAAUACGUGAACUAUGGUCGACACAGUUUGAAGAGAACAGUCCUUCCCUCAGUGUCUCUCCUCCAGAGGUCUUCCUCCUCUCCCAUCACCUGCCACGCUACAGGUUUCUAUCCCAACAGCGAGCUGGUCUGGAAGAAAAAUGGUGAGGAGCUUUAUGAAGGUGUGCACAAAGGAGAGAUCCUCCCCAACAAUGACCAGACCUUCCAGAUGAGUGUUGAUCUGGACUUUUCAGCAGUCACACGUGAGGACUGGGACAGGUACAGCUGGUUUCAGCUCUCAGGUGUGAGGGAGGACAUCAUCACCAAACUGGACAAAGCAGGAAUCAGGAGCAAUGAAGGUGAGACUGAGAUCAGGAGACAAACACACCCUUAG